CACUUCCUGCGCACGCGCGCGCGCGCACAGAUUUCAGUGAGCUAAUGAACCAGCUGUAAUUCUACUUCCGGUCCCCUAUGCUCUCCUCCAGUGUAUCCACUCUCCUCACUCCUGCUGCUGCUCUCGGACUCGCGCUUAUAACCGCUUAUUACCUCGGUGCACGGCAGAGCAGACGCUUCAGGAUGAGUAACUUUAAGAGCCAUGUGGGAGGGAAGGAGGAUCCGGUCAUGCAGUACAUCCUGAACCACUCGCUCAGAGAACAUCCAGCUCUGAAGAAGCUGCGCCUGAAAACCAUGGAGCACAAGUGGAACCCUAUGAUGGUGGCAUGUGAACAGUCUCAGUUCAUGGCAAACCUGGCGAGACUCGUCAAGGCUAAGAAGGCCAUCGAGAUCGGUGUGUAUACAGGUUAUAACACCCUGAGCAUCGCACUGGCGUUACCUGACGAUGGGAAGGUGGUGGCAUGUGACGUGAGCGAAGAAUACGCCGACAUCGGCAAACCUUUCUGGAAGGAGGUGAGAUUCAAAUAGCAUGCUGGCGGCGUGGAACACAGGAUCGACCUGCGUGUGCAGCCGGCCCUCAAAACCCUGGACGAUCUGCUGGCUGCAGGCGAGGCAGAGACGUUCGACUUUGUGUUUAUUGAUGCUGAUAAGCAGAAUUAUGAUCAUUAUUACGAGCGAUCGCUGCAGCUGGUGAGGAAGGGUGGCAUCAUCGCCAUCGAUAACGUGCUGUGGAGCGGGAAGGUGUUGAGUCCUGCAGAGGACGACUUGGACACAAAGAGCAUCGCUGCACUCAACAAGAAGCUGCACAGAGACGUGAGGGUGAACCUCAGCAUGCUGACAGUGGGGGAUGGGCUUUCACUCGCCUUCAAACUCUAACACACUGCAGCUCUGAGACCAAACACACUAACGGCCUGAUCUCACACACACACACACACACACCCGAUCUAAUACACACACACUGAUCUAAUACACACUAACGGCCUGAUCUCACACACACACACACACACCUGAUCUAA